GAGUGCUGAGUACUGACCAGUGACGACUGAACGGCGGCGACUUUUGACUGCUCCGCCGCUCACCUCGCCUCUCCUCCACCCCGCGCCGCAGCCGCACGCACGCACUGUCACGAUGCACUCGCAGGCGUCCGGACCCGAGAAGGUGGCGGCGCCGUACGGGUCAUGGGAGUCGCCGAUCAGCGCCGCCGCCGUCUCCGCCGCCGGGAAGACCGUCGAGGGGCUCGCCGUCGCCGGCGACGGCCGCCUCCUCUGGGUCGAGACGCGCCCCGAGGAAGGAGGACGAGCGGUCCUAGUGAAGGAAGCGGCGGAGCCGGGCGGCAAUGCUCUGGAUGUGACGCCGCAGGGGUUCGCGGUGAGGUCCCUGGCGCAGGAGUAUGGCGGCGGGGCGUUCGCUGUGCAAGGCGAUGUGGUCGUCUUCUCCAACUACAGCGACCAGCGCCUCUACAAGCAGACUAUCGGAGAUACCUCGGCACAACCUCUAACACCUGAUUAUACUGGAUCAGUAGUACGUUACGUGGAUGGUGUCUUUGAUCCUCACUUCUGUCGUUUUGUAACCAUAAUGGAAGACCACCGAAGGGAUAGCUCAAAUCCCAUGACAACAAUUGCUGCUGUAACAAUAAGUGACGGAGAUAUUAAUGAGCCAACUGUGCUGGUCAGUGGCAAUGAUUUUUAUGCUUUUCCACGCAUUGAUACAAUUGAAAAGCGUAUGGCAUGGAUUGAAUGGAGUAACCCGAAUAUGUCAUGGGAUAAAGCACAACUAUGGGUUGGAUAUUUCUCCGAGAAAGGAGAGGUACGAAACAAGAUUUGCAUCGCUGGUGGUGACCCAACGUUAGUGGAAUCUCCUACUGAACCCAAGUGGUCUUCAAAAGGGGAGCUGUUCUUCAUAACUGAUCGACAGAGUGGGUUUUGGAAUAUUUAUAAAUGGGAUGAGCAGAGCAAUAUGGUAGUGCAACUGUAUUCACUCGAUGCUGAAUUCUCAAAGCCAAUGUGGAUUUUUGGUGUCAGCUCCUAUGGUUUCCUUGGAAAAGAUGACGCAUGUCACAAAAUCAUUUGCUGUUACAGGCAGAAUGGAAGGUCGUGUGCUGGAGUGCUGGACCACGAUUCAGGGUCUUUUUCAGAACUGGACAUUCCCUUCUCUUCUGUGACUAAUAUAGUUUGUGGAGAUGGGUCCUUCUAUGUUGAGGGUGCAUCUGCUACUCUUCCAGUGUCUAUUGCUAAGGUGACAUUGAAUGAAAAGGGAAAAACAGCAACUGAUUUCUCUAUAGUCUGGUCAUCUUCAGAGGAUGUUAUGCAAUAUGCGUCCUACUUUAGUUUGCCUGAAUUUAUGGAGUUUCCAACUCUAGUCCCUGGCCAGCAGGCUUAUGCUUAUUUCUAUGCUCCGCACAAUCAUAUUUUCCAUAGCUCAUCAGAUGAGAAGCCUCCAUUAUUGGUCAGAACACAUGGUGGACCUACAGAUGAAGCACGUGGAGUUCUGGAUCUUGGUGUGCAGUACUGGACAAGCCGAGGAUGGGCAUUUGUUGAUGUUAACUAUGGGGGAAGCACAGGCUAUGGGAGAAAAUAUCGAGAGAGGCUUUUAGGGAAAUGGGGUGUUGUUGAUGUAAAUGAUUGCUGCAGCUGUGCUACAUUUCUGGUGGAAACUGGAAGAGUAGAUGCGCAACGGCUCUGUGUAACAGGAGAAUCUGCUGGUGGAUUCACAACUUUAGCUUGCCUUGCUUUUAGACAGAUAUUCAAGGCUGGUUCUUCUUUAUAUGGGAUUGCUGACUUAGCUUCGCUGAGGGCAGGCAUGCACAAGUUUGAGGCAUACUACAUCGACAACCUUGUUGGGAAUAAACAGGAUUACUAUGAGAGAUCACCAAUAAACUUCGUUGAUAGAUUUGCAUGUCCAAUUAUAUUGUUUCAAGGAUUGGAAGACACGGUUGUGUCACCAGAUCAGGCAACGACAAUAUACAAGGCCAUAAAGGACAAAGGCCUUCCUGUUGCUUUGGUUGAAUAUGAAGGCGAACAACAUGGUUUCCGCAAGGCCGAGAACAUCAAGUUCACCUUGGAGCAGCAGAUGGUGUUCUUUGCUAGAUUAGUUGGGCACUUCAAGGUGGCUGACGACACCACUCCAAUAAAGAUUGACAACUUUGAUGACUCCUUGUAAGCGUUAACAAAUUAUUCGUCAACUGCUCAACUUCUGGAACUGGAUGAACUCUGGAGCAGGUUGGCUUAGCUGUACUUUGAAAUAAACUCUAAAGCUUAGCAUAGUACUCUGAAUCAAAAUAAUGGAAUAGAUGCUUAGGUUAGCUAGCAUUUCUCCCAAAUUUUCACGUUGCAGCACAUUUGUAGUACUAUUAAACAUCUGAACAUGAUUAGGCCUUUUUGCAUGACUCUUAUGGGAACUUGAUUUAAUUCUA